AUGGCUGGGGCACGGCGGAUAAAAACUUUGUUGACUUUAAACAUCUGCGUUUUUGUGGGCAUUAUACUGUUCUCGAUUUACUGCAGAAUUCAGGAUCGCUCAGAGGAAUUCAUGAAAAACGGCAGGACUACUGAGCAAAGAUCUAACGGUAGAAAUGGAAAAAUCACCAACUUUGUGGACAAGCAGGCAAUUCUUCAAAGGCUCGAACAUCUUGAGGACGUGGUCUACCAUCAAUUAAACGGGCUGGGAAAGCCGGUUGGAUUGCUGGAGGGACAAAUGGGUCUGAGACAGGGGCAGGCCAGGAACCCUGCAACCCUGAGAAACCCUGUCCGUGACCCAGAUGGGGGAAAGUACAAAGAUUAUGGCUACAAUGCACAGCUGAGCAAUCAAAUCCCUCUGGAUAGAUCCAUUCCCGACUACAGGCCGAAAAAGUGCAAGCUGAUGACUUACCCAGAUGACCUCCCUCAGAUGACGGUGGUGUUCAUCUUUGUAAACGAGGCCUUGUCUGUGAUCCUACGGUCAGUCAACAGCCUGGUCAAUCACACACCUGCAUACGUCCUCAAGGAGAUCAUCCUGGUGGACGACAACAGUGACAGUGUGGACCUAAAGCUGAACCUGGAUCAGUAUGUGAAUAAGAAUUAUCCAGGCCUAGUGAAGAUUGUCAGAAAUAGCAGACGAGAGGGACUUAUACGGGCCAGAAUCCUUGGAUGGAAAGCAGCCACUGCACCAGUUGUUGGCUUCUUUGACGCACAUGUUGAGUUCAACACAGCAUGGGCAGAGCCAAUCCUAACAAGAAUCAGGGAGGAUCGAACACGUAUUAUUCUGCCGUCGAUUGACAACAUCAAGCACAACACGUUUGAGGUGCAUCAGUAUGCUAACGCAGCCCAUGGCUACAACUGGGGCCUGUGGUGUAUGUACAUCAUACCCCCUCAGGCCUGGCUGGACAGAGGAGAUCAGACUGCCCCCAUCAGGACCCCUGCCAUGAUUGGCUGUUCCUUUGUGGUGGACAGAGAAUACUUCAGAGAGAUUGGCCUUCUAGACCCAGGCAUGGAGGUGUAUGGAGGAGAGAACAUUGAGUUGGGCAUGAGGGUAUGGCAGUGCGGAGGGAGUAUGGAGGUUUUACCUUGUGCUCGGGUGGCACACAUUGAACGCACCAAGAAACCCUACAACAACGACAUUGAUUACUAUGCCAAGCGCAAUGCCUUGAGGGCAGCCGAGGUAUGGAUGGAUGACUACAAAUCCCAUGUAUACAUGGCCUGGAAUAUCCCCAUCAAUAACCCUGGGGUUGAUUUUGGAGAUGUUUCUGAGAGAAUCGCCUUGAGGAAGAAAUUGCAAUGUCGCAGUUUCCAGUGGUACUUGCAGAAUGUGUAUCCAGAGAUGCGAGUGUACAACGACACCAUCACCUACGGUGAGGUGCGGAACAGCAAGGCCAGUGGCUAUUGCUUAGACCAAGGACCAGAUGAUGACAGCAGUCCAAUUCUCUACCCGUGCCACGGCAUGACAUCUCAGCUGGCCCGUUUCACCUCAGCGGGACUUCUGCAGCUAGGUCCCCUGGGCUCCACUACGUUCCUGCCCAACACCAAGUGUCUGGUGGAUGAGGGACGAGGGAGGACGCCAAGUCUAAAUAAAUGUGAGGGAAUGUCACGCUCAUCACAGAGGCUUUGGGACUUUACUCAGAAUGGCCCAAUAAUCAGCAGAGACACUGGUCGUUGUUUGGAAGUAGAGAUGUCCAGAGAGGCCAGCUUCGGCCUGCGCCUGGUGGUCCAGAGGUGCUCUGGUCAGAAGUGGACUAUUAGGAACUGGAUCAAACCUCCACGACACUGA